AUGCCAGGCAGACUCGCCGGAAAGAACGCCAUCGUCACCGGCGCCGCCGGAGGCAUCGGCCUUGAAACCACCAUCCUGAUGCUCCGCGAAGGCGCCUCCGUCCUCAUGACAGACAUCAGCGCCCCGGCGCUCUCCCGCGCGAUCACCAAAGCGCAAGAAGCCGCCCCCAACCACGCCGGCCGCGUCGAGACCCGCACCGUCGACGUCAGCAACGAAGACCAAGUCGCCGAGGCCGUGACGGCCCUCGACAGCUGGGGUGGGCUGGACAUCAUGUUCAACAACGCGGGCAUCAUGCACGCGGACGACGGCGACGCCAGCAGCACCCCCGAGCGCAUCUGGGACAUGACCAUGAACAUCAACGUCAAGGGCGUCUGGUUCGGCUGCAAGCAUGCGGUGCUGGCUUUCCGGAGGAACAAGAAGGCUCGUGCUAGCGUUAUCAACACUGCGAGCAUGGUCGCGCUUGUUGGCGCUGCGACGCCUCAGUUGGCGUAUACGGCUAGUAAGGGUGCUGUGUUGGCGCUGACUCGCGAGUUGGCGAUUGUGCAUGCCCGUGAGGGAUUCCGCUUUAAUUCGCUGUGUCCCGCGCCGCUGAACACCCCCCUCCUCCAGGACUGGCUCGGCGACGACAAGGAGAAGCGCUUCCGCCGCGAGGUGCACUUCCCGACAGGACGGUUCGGCGAGGCCAUCGAGCAGGCUCACGCGGUCGUCUUCCUCGCCAGCGACGAGAGCAGCUUCGUCAACGCGACCGACUUUGUCGUCGACGGCGGCCUGACCAAGGCCUACGUGACGCCCGAGGGGCCCGCCGCCGAAGCGCCCAAGAACCUCGGCAGCUAG